GCCAACAUGGUCAAGUCGUGCAACGAGUGUGCGUCGGUGGCCAAAACAGACACGAAAACAUCGCUCUCAUCGUGGCCAAUUCCUGAAAGGCCAUGGCAGAGGGUACACGUCGACUACGCUGGGCCAGUAAAUGGAACCUACUUCAUGAUUUUGGUCGACGCUCUUUCUAAGUGGCCGGAAGUAGUACCUACACAGCGUAUCACUACUGAAAAAACUCUAGCCAUACUUCGGAACAUCUUUUCGAGGUUCGGUAUGCCUGAAGUGUUGGUGACCGAUAAUGGCAGGCAACUAUCCAGCGAGGUUUUCGAAAAGUAUUGCGAUUCCAAUGGUAUCAUGCGCCUAAAGACGGCGCCGUACCAUCGUCAAAGCAACGGACAAGCAGAGAGGUUUGUAGAUACGUUCAAACGCACACUGAAGAAAAUCCAGGCAUGGGGAGAAGAGCUAGAAGAAGCCAUCGACACAUUCCUUCAGUGCUACUGAUCUACACCGUCUCGCAGCGCUCCGGAUGGAAAGUCUCCAGCGGAAAUUCUGCUAGGUCGACGCAUCCGUAUUUCGCUCA